AUUGUAAUUUAUUUCCUAAAAUGUUCAACAGAUUUAUUGUACAGAAGAAAGAACCCUGAUGAACACAGAAACCGAGGAAAAAAGCCCAAAUCAUAUUCAUGCCGUAAUGGAUGAACAGCCUCCAAAGUUGGCCACUGAUGCAGUGCUUGUCAAGAGCGAGAAGAUUCCAGAAGAAGUGGGUACGGUGAAGGGGUAUGACUUCAAUGAUGGGGUCAACUACCACAAGUUACUGCAGUCCUAUGCCAGGUCAGGAUUCCAGGCAACCAACUUUGGCAAGGCAGUAGAGCAGAUUAAUAAAAUGAUUGACUGUAAGCUGACACCAGUACCAAAAGAAAAGUUGGAUGAAGUGAACUUGAACCCAUGCAACAGAGAGAAGUCUAACUGUACCAUAUUCCUGGGCUACACAUCUAACCUGAUCUCAUCAGGUGUCAGGGAGACCUUCAGAUACCUGGCACAACACAAUAUGGUUGACUGCAUAGUGUCAACAGCUGGUGGAAUCGAGGAGGACUUUAUCAAAUGUCUGGCGCCUACCUUCCUUGGAGACUUUACCUUAAAAGGCAGUGACCUCCGGGAGCGAGGGAUAAACAGGAUCGGGAACCUACUGGUGCCCAAUGAGAACUACUGCCUGUUUGAGGACUGGCUGAUGCCCAUUCUGGACAAAAUGUUGGAGGAACAGAAAAAUGAGAAUGUGAUGUGGACUCCCAGCAAGAUGAUAGCUAGACUAGGAAAGGAGAUAGACAAUCCAGACUCUGUGUACUACUGGGCUUACAAGAACAAUAUUCCAGUAUUCUGUCCAGCUCUAACUGAUGGAUCCAUUGGAGACAUGAUCUACUUCCAUUCCUUUAAAAACCCCGGGCUGGUGUUGGACAUUGUAGAAGACAUACGUCGGAUAAACAGCCAGGCUGUGUAUGCUGUCAACACUGGAAUGAUUAUACUGGGAGGUGGAGUUAUCAAGCAUCACAUCUGUAAUGCCAACCUUAUGAGAAAUGGUGCCGAUUUCAGUGUGUUUGUAAACACUGCUGCAGAGUUUGAUGGAAGUGACGCUGGAGCGAGUCCUGAUGAAGCCGUGUCCUGGGGAAAAAUCAAGAAAACGGCAAAACCGGUCAAAGUUUAUGGUGAGGCUACGUUGAUUUUCCCUUUGUUGGUGGCAGAAACUUUUGCCAGGAGAGAGAAGGAGAUGACAACACAGAAAGAAUAAGUUCGACCAAAGAGUAGCACAUCUGAGAAGUUGUUUCCCUUGUGGACAUUCCAAAGCUGUGUUGAAGAAUGUGCGGAAAUCUUUAACUCAGGGACAAAUUGUUAAAUCCUUCCCAGGGCUGUUUUCAUAGUUUCUAUGGAAAUUGGUGAUAGUGUUGGGUAACAGUUGGGAAUCAGACGAAGUGUGAAAGCAUAUAGUGCCUGUAUGCUGUACUGUAUUUAAAGAGUAAUCUCUGAAAUCCACACAUUGAGUCAAAUCACAUUUGAAACAAUGUCCCAAAAAAUUGAGAUUAAUUUGUCAUAUGCUAGUGAAGAUCUGUUUCUACUAGCCACAGUAUGGAAAUAUAUA